ACUUCUCUGCCCUUUUCUCCAGUCUGCAUGAGAAGAGGGAAUGCUGAGGCAGUGAGGCCAGCAGGAACACAGGAGGAAACAGAGAAGGAACAGUGGAACAAGCCAGGGUUUUGUGUUUUUGUUGUUCUUGUUCUUGUUGGAUUACUUCUCCAAACACCACAGACUCCAUGUUCUGUCUCCAAGCAUGAAGGACUGAUACACCCUGCUGCACAUUCUAGUCAACGUAGGUAAGAUCUGGAAUUAGACCUGAAAUUCACCAUGGAAGCACCUGGGACAAUGUCUCUCACCCUGGCCAUCCUCCUCACCCUACACCUCCACCGCCACUCCGUCCUCCUGGUCUGGGGGGCCAUGGACUCCUGCUACGAUGACGACGGGCGGCCCAGCCGCUGCAUGCCCAAGUUUGAAAACGCCGCCUUCAACCGCAGCGUGCUGGUGUCCAACGCGUGCGGCACGCCACCUGAGGACUACUGCAUGCAGACGGGCUCCACGCGGCUCUGCCACCGCUGUGACGCCGCCGACCCCGAGCACAGCCACGGCGCUCGCCUGCUCACAGACUUCCACACGGACCAGGAGCCCACCUGGUGGCAGAGCCAGUCCAUGUUCUACGGGGUGCAGCACCCCAACUCUGUCAACAUCACCCUUCACCUGGGAAAGGCCUUCGAGAUCACCUAUCUGCGCCUGAAGUUCUACACCAGCCGCCCGGAGAGCUUCGCCAUCUACAAGCGUCUGGAGCAGGGCGGGGCCUGGCUGCCCUACCAAUACUACAGCGGCUCCUGCCUCAAGACCUACGGCCGGGACGCCAAGGGCUACCUGCGGCCCGGGGAGGACGAGCGCAGCCCCGCCUGCACCGAGGAGUUCAGCGACAUCUCGCCACUCACCGGGGGCAACGUGGCCUUCUCCACCCUGGAGGGCCGGCCCAGCGCCUACAACUUCGACCAGAGCGUGGUGCUGCAGGAAUUUGUGACAGCCACAGACCUGCUUAUCUCUCUGGAUCGGCUCAACACCUUUGGAGAUGAGUUCUUCAAGGACUCAAAGGUUCUGCGCUCCUACUUUUACGCCAUCUCAGACUUCUCCGUGGGUGGCAGGUGUAAGUGCAACGGCCACGCCAGCGAAUGUGUCCAGGACCAGAGCGGGGUGCUGGCCUGCGUCUGCCAGCACCACACGGUGGGGGCGGACUGCCAGCAGUGCCACCCCUUCUACCAGGACCGGCCAUGGGCCCGGGCCACCGGGGAGGCAGCCCAUGAGUGUUUGAAGUGUGAUUGCAGCGGGAGAUCAGAAGAGUGCUUGUUUGAUAUGGAGCAGUACCGCAGCUCGGGCCAUGGGGGGCGCUGUCUGAACUGCAGGGACAACACGCAAGGCCCUCACUGUGAGCGAUGCACAGAGAACCACUACCGAGCCUCCCCGCAGGACCCCUGUCUGCCCUGUGACUGCAAUGUGGAUGGCUCGGAGCAUCUGCAGUGUGAUGUUGGGGGGGGGUGUGUGUGCCGGGCCACCGUGACGGGGGCCAAGUGUGACACAUGUCAGGUGGGCUUCCACUCACUAGGCCCGACCGGCUGCAGGCCGUGUGGGUGUGACGCCCGGGGGUCCGUAGGACACUGCUCCCUGGAGAACGGAGAAUGCUACUGCAAACCCAACGUGGAGGGGCAGGCCUGUGACAGAUGCAAGCCGGGCUUCUUCCACCUGCAGCAGGCCAGCCCAGCAGGGUGCCAGGCCUGCUUCUGCUUCGGACACUCUCUGGCCUGCUCUGCCUCCACCCAGCAUGGAGCCAUCAACAUCACCUCUCACUUCCACCAAGACCAGGACGGCUGGCUGGGGGAGUUCUCUGGAGGGCAGCAGUAUCCGCUGCUUUGGAAGGAAGGGGAGGUCUACCUACUGCCUCUGGAUGAGCAUGACACCGGCUUCUACAAGGCUCCGGACAAGUUCCUCGGGAACCAGAUCAACAGCUACGGCCACUUCAUCUACUUCACCUUCACCUCCGAGACGCCCGAUCUGCUUCCCGGCCGCGUCACGGUGUUGCUGGAGGGGGCCGGGGUGGACGGGGGGCCCCUCCGCCUGUCGGCCGACUUCCCCCCGCUAACUCCGCCAUCGUCAUCAUCUUCGUCAUCGCUUGGCAGAGCACCCGUGCACACCUUUGCUGUCAGGCUUCAUGAGGAGGAGGUGUUCAGGCCCACCGUUUCCUCCUUCCGGUUCCGCCAUCUUCUUCACAACCUGACAGCCUUCAAGAUCAGCAAUGCAGGAGGACACAAUUACACCUCCCAGCUCUCUGGAGUACGGCUGGCCUCGGCUGCCGUCCCCUCCUCGUCCUCCCCCUCCCCCCUGGCUCCGGCCCCCUGGGUGGAGGUGUGCUCCUGUCCCCGGGGCUUCGCCGGCCGGCUCUGUGAGUCCUGUGCGCCGGGCUUCACCAGGGAGACCCCCCGCGGCGGCCCGCUGGCGCCCUGCGUCCCCUGCACCUGCCACCAGCACGGACCCUGCCACCCAGAGACCGGCACGUGCGAUUGUUCUGAUUUCACCGCCGGGACAACCUGUGAGCAGUGCCUUGAAGGUUACUAUGGUAACGCUCUGAUUGGCACGCCGGGCGACUGCCGACCUUGCCCCUGCCCGGGUCGUACCAGCUGCGCUCAGAUCACUCAGACGGGGGAGGUGGUCUGUACCAACUGCCCAGCGGGGCGGGCGGGUGUGCGCUGUCAGAAGUGCGAGGACGGUUCCCACGGCGACCCCCUGGGCCAGGCGGGACCGGUUCGAGCCUGCGCUCGGUGCGACUGCAGCGGGAACGCGGACCCCAACGCGGUGGGCACCUGCCACCACCUGACCGGCCGCUGUCUGAAGUGCCUCGGCCACACGGAGGGGGAGCGCUGUGAGCGAUGCCAGCAGGGUUUCUAUGGCGACGCCCUGAACCAGACGAUGACCCAGAAAUGCAAAUCUUGCAGCUGCAGCCCCGCCGGGACCUCCGGCCCGGGGGGCCAGUGUCACCCCCAGACCGGACACUGUCACUGCCUCCCCAACGUGGGCGGGAGGGACUGCAGCCGCUGCCAGGUCGGCUUCUUCCACCUCCAGCCUGGCCAUGGCUGUCAGGGGUGCGACUGUAAUUCCAUUGGCUCGUCCUCCACCGCCUGCCAUCCAAUCACAGGCAUGUGUAUCUGCCGUGCGGGCGUUGAGGGGAGGCAGUGUGACUCGUGUAGGGCGGGAUUCUUCAGCUUCUCGUCCCGCGGUUGUCGAGCCUGUAACUGUGACCCCAUGGGUUCCGUGUCCAUGCAGUGCCAUGGCAACGGGACCUGCCACUGUCGCCAAGGUUUCAUGGGUUAUAAGUGUGACAAAUGUCAGUUGAACUUCUACCACAACAGAGCAACGCACCACUGUGAGGCAUGUCCAAUCUGUUACGGCCUGGUCAAGGACAAGGUGGAGACGCUCGGAGCCCAGCUGGCCCACCUCGAGAGGCUCCUGGCUCGCUAUGACUGCCGUGGCCGGCGCCUCCCCCCUCUGCAGAGGAGCCCCGCGGACCACCAGGGGGAGGACGCCCUGCCCAACGCCCUGGAGGACAUCCUGGCUUUCCAAGAGGCCCGUGAGGCGUUCAUCCAGCGGUUCUCUGCCCUGGGGGCGUCCACCCACACGCUGUCGGCCCAGCUGCAGGGCAUCGCCACGGCGAUGGGCUGCGGAGCAGGUGGAACAGCGGCAGAGGUGACGGAGGAGGAAGAGGAGGAGGGAGUGGAGGUAGUGGAGAGGAGCAGGGGAGGAGGUGUCGCGUGUCAAACCCUCGCCGAUUCCGUGGUGAUGGUCAGAGCAUCUGACGAACGUCUGAAGAAGGCGACUCUGGAUCUGAACAACAUGAUAAUUCCCUUUGAGCUGGCGACAGGACCGAACAAAUGGAACAUCAUGGUCAAUGACUCACGGGCUCUAAUGAAAAGUCACGAGGGCAUGGCCGACCGCAUCGAGGGCGUGGCCCGCGACGCCUUGAGGACCUCCAACCAGACCUUUGUGAUGCUGCUGGACCUUCUGCAGGACAACUCCACACACACCUUCAUCAGGGGGCUGGAGGAGCGACUCUCUGCCAUGCAGGAACUCAAGAGGAACCUCACAGCCACAGCCAACCAGACCGUAGCCAAUCAGCUGGCUCUGGGGGAGGGGUCACUCGCACUCCACAUUGCCCUGGGUAAUAUUACCUCAUCCAUACGUCAGAUGGCGCUGACUGACCCUGGGUCCGACCAGACCACCAACCACUCAGCAGAGGGGCUGUUGAACCGGACCGCUGAGCUGGCCCUCCACGUGCAGACCAAAGAGGAGCUGGUCAGCACCAUCCGGACGGAGAUGGAACCUGUGAUCCAGGCCGCCAUCAGAAACCUGGAGAAAGACUUCCUGGAAGAAAUCCAAGAUAAAAAGGCUCGCAUUGAAGGGGCGAAGGUCAUUGCUUUGACAUCCGUUGUGUCAGCGAAAGAGAUGGAAUCUCAAGUCAUUACGCUCCACAAAGAGAUGGAAACCAUGGAGAGGGACUGGCCCCGCCUGCAGGCCCAGACGCGACUGGCCGUGAAGAAGGAGAGGCCACUGGAGGAGAAGGUUCUGGCGGACGUCAGGAAGAAGGUGAAGCAGGUGGAGAAGAUGCUCAACCCGGCGUUGGGAAACACGCGUCUCUCCAACGCCACCGCCCAUGAGGCCCUGGAGACGGCCACGGCCGCCGCAAACGAGGCCAAAGACAACGUGGUCCAGGCCAAGCAGACCCGGAGUGCCUCCAGGCACCUUGGGACCCAGGUAGAGGCCACCAUUCAGCAGCUGGCCCAGCUGGAGAACAGCUCAGCCAUCGCCAGCACCCAGCUCACCUCAGAGCCUAUGAACCUGAGGGUGGUGAAGGAGGACAUGGAAGCAGCCAAGCUCCAGCUGGAGCUCUACGCCUCCACCCUGACGGAGCUCGUCAGUAAGAUCGACGGCCAGGUGAAGCUGGAGCGCUUCGACCGGAUCCUGAACGAGACGGCCCUGCGGCUGCGCAUGCUGAGGGGCAGCGUGGAGAGCCC